AUGACGACGUCCAUCGCCGUGCGACACACCCCACACGCGUCGCCGCCACUCGCUCAACGGCGUGCCGUAUCCCGGCCGACGCGUGUCGUCGCUCUCUUUUCUAGGCGAGAACUAGCCAUCCGAUGCCGCCACCAAUCGCAGCAAAGCGUUUCAUUGCGACGACCGGGUCCCGCGUCUAGGCGGUCCGUGCGGGCAGCGGCGGCGGCGGCGGAGGGGAAGGAUGGGGAGGCGCAGCUGUCGGCGGAGGAGGCGGAGGAGGCGCAGGACCUGAGGGACAUUCAGGACAUCGUCGAGACCAUCGAGUUGCUCAAGGAGCGUCGCGACAUGACGGUGCAGGAGAUCCGGCUGGUGCUGAUGAUCGAGGACCCGCGCGAGGCGGAGCGGCGGCGGCAGAUGGGCAUCGAGAACGAGAGCGGGUGCUCGCGCGACGAGAUUGCUGAUGCCUUCCGCGAGAGAAGUGGUGGGGGCGGGGUGUGGGAAGAGGGCGGAGAGAGGUGUGUGCCUGCGGACCGCAUGGUGCUGCGCAAGCUGGCUUUGAGACACCGCAUGGUGCUGCGCAAGCUGGCACAGGACAUGCGCGACUGGCCGCGCCUACGGUUCCCUCCCACCUGUCUCCCCCACGCUUCUCCCCUAACCCUCUCUCCCACCCCUCCCCCACAACCUUCUCCCUUGCGCCUCUCACUAUCCCCUCUUCCGUCUCCAACACCACACUCCAUCACCUUCUCCUCACCUCACCCCUCUUCACGCCACUGUGCCAGGAGGAGCCAGGCGUGGAGGAGGAGGCAGAGGGACCCGGAGGGCAGCGCAAGUCGCGGUACGCGCAGAUCACGGACGUGGGGCUGUAGGGCCGCCCCGACCGUGGAGCACAGGCCAGCCCUGCCAUCAUGUGCGGGAAGCCAAGCUCACGACUCGCACAGUUGUGUCUCUCCUGGCAUGAGGUGGUUUUUCCGGAACUGUGCUGUGUCUCGUGUCUCCACCAUCUUCCACUGCGCCUUCCCACCAGCUGCUUAG